CAGCAUUUUACUAAGUACUGACAUUGCAACCUCUUUGGACGGAGUAGUCCUUUUGUGCCUUUUACCUUUUUCUCCUUAUCGCGGACACCAUCAAGAGUUCAAUUGGGAGAACAAAAGACAGAAAACUCACCACCAAUCCUCUUCCCCUCCCCUCCACUCAUGAACAACCUCUCCCACUCGUCCACCUCCGUCUUUACCACAGCAGCACUACUUCCGAGCGGUUUGGGCCUCUUUCGAUCAUCCGUUGCGCCUCGUCGACCUUUCAGUCUCACCGCCGUCGGUUGCUGUCGUUGCAGUCUCGCCCCCGUACCACGAGCACGCGGCGGCGGCGACAACUCCAACUCCUCCCCUUCGUUCUCGCACCGUCAACGUCGCAACCUCUUCUCAAUCUCGAACAAAAUGUCGGAGAAAUACGCCCCGGCCAAGCGAGUGGCGGGUCAGAAACAGGAUGUAUGGAGCAUAGUCAACGAGGCGGCAGCUGCGAGUCCCGUCCAACCCAUCGUAAACAUGGGCCAAGGGUUCUUCGGAUACAACCCUCCGCAGUUCAUCAUCGACGCUGCGAAGGGCGCCCUUGACCGGGUCGAAUGUAACCAGUAUUCUCCCACCAAGGGGCGGCCGAGGUUGAAGAAGGCGAUCGCGAAGGCCUACUCGCCGUUUUUCGGACGCGAGUUGGAUGCCGAGACGGAGGUUACGAUCACGACCGGUGCCAAUGAGGGCAUGCUAAGCGCAUUCAUGGGCUUCAUUGAACCCGGUGACGAAGUCAUCAUCUUUGAACCCUUUUUCGACCAAUACCUGAGCAACAUCGAAAUGCCCGGCGGGACGAUCCGCUACGUUCCCCUACACCCUCCUGCAGACGGAGCCGAGAGGACCAGUUCCGCGGCGAAUUGGCGCAUCGAUUUUGACGAGCUGGAACGGGCGUUCACUUCCAAAACCAAAAUGAUCGUUCUCAACUCGCCUCACAACCCGGUGGGAAAGGUUUUUAGCAAAGAAGAACUCACCAAGAUUGGAGAUCUGUGUCUCAAACACAAAGUCAUCAUCCUGUCGGACGAGGUGUACGACAGGUUGUACUAUGUCCCCUUUACGCGCAUCGCCACCUUGUCCCCGGAACUGGCGAAGAUUACGCUCACCGUAGGAUCGGCGGGCAAGAACUUUUACGCGACGGGUUGGCGUGUGGGAUACUUGAUCGGCCCACCGGAAUUGAUCAAGUACGUGGCCGCGGCUCACACGAGGAUAUGUUAUUCCAGUGUGAGUCCACUGCAAGAGGCCGCGGCGAUCGGGUUCGAAAUGGCGGAUAAAGAAGGCUUUUGGGAUCAGGCCGUGGCCGAGAUGAAGGGUAAAGUUGACCGGUUCUGUGAGGUUUUUGACGAGUUGGGAAUCCCGUAUUCCGUGCCGGAAGGAGGAUACUUCGUCCUGGCCAACCUGAAGAGAGUCAAAUUGCCGGAGGGGUACACGUUUCCGGAUCACGUCAAGGAUCGCCCGAGAGAUUUCAAAAUGUCGUGGUUUUUGAUCAUGGAGCUGGGUGUGGCUGCGAUCCCGCCAACCGAGUUUUAUACGGAUGAAAAGGCGGAAAUCGCCGAGGAUUGGAUGAGGUUCGCGGUUUGUAAAAAUGACGAUGUGCUCCAGCAGGCCAAGGAACGAUUGAGAGGGUUGAAGAAGUACAUGGAGUAGGUAGGCUUUGAGGGUUUUUUUUUACUCUGUGCGGUGGCGGCAUUACCAGAACUUGAAAAGACGUCGGAUGGAUGAAUAGAGUUGCGAUCCAUCUGGUAGACACUUACUAGAAAAGUGCUUGUUCAGUCAAUGGGCAUAGAGGAGAGAGUAGAAAACGAAUGAGACAUAAGAGUAUGAAGUGAAGUUUUGUAGAGUGAUAAAAACUGUACAGACAAGUCGUUGAUG